AAACUGCAAUUUGACAUUGACAUUAGUUGGAAAUUAUAAAAACAAUCACGAUAAAUAGUUUUUUCCGAAGGAAAAAUAAUAUAGUUGCGGUAUAACCAAUAUAUGCGGUACUCAUGGCGCAAUUUAAUACACCACAGUCCUCAAAUGAUGAAUCCCUAAAGGAGUUGUUCGAUAAUGCUAUGAAAAUGUUUAAUGACAUAGAAAAUGGCAAAGAAGCUACCAACAGUGAUCCGGUUCAGAUGACAAUAAAAUCUGCAAUAGGUAAAUUUGAGAAGACAACAAAUCGUGUAUCAUUAUUGGAAAUGUUUAGUAAAAACGAGAGCUUUGAUGAGUUGCCGACAGACAGCUUGCAGUACCUGCUGCUGCCUGCACUACUUGGGACAUUGACACUGAAACUGUGCGGCAGACCAAGGAAGGAUAUAAUUGAUGUCGCAGAAGUCUACUUCAAAGAUUUCCUAACAAGAUGUAAAGACUACGGCCUCACAGAUGUGAUGGUGUCACAGAGUGAAAAUGAAACACAAACCAUAGCCAACCUACCACAGAGUGAAGUGGCUAAAAUUACAAGUAUGGUUCAAUCUCGCGAAGCAAAAAUAAAAAGAUACAAGGAGGCUAAAGAAUUAAAGGAUAAAUUAACAAACCUGUCUAAAGCGAUGUCGUUGCCUGGAGUGGAGGAGGAGACAAAGCGGGAAUAUGCAAAGACUAUGCUGCUGCAUUACGUCAAUCAGGCGGUAGACGAACUGGCCAGCAUUGAACAGGAGAAACCUAUAUUAGAAUACAUGGCUAAACAUAGUGGAGAGCCGAAACCAAAACAGAAGGAGCGUUCAACACCACUAAAGCCAGUUAUAAUAACUCGUGAUGCGAUACAGAAAGCGGUGUACGGCGCAGGAUACCCCUCCCUGCCCACCAUGACUGUGGAGGAGUUCUACGAUAAACGAGUUAAAGAGGGAACAUUCCCUGGACCUAAUAUACCUCAUACAAGGAUACAAUCUGCUGAAACUGAUCAAGAUGAGGCGGAACAAAUACAUAAGGAGCGUCUCGUUGAAGAAGAUGAUCCCGAGGAGUUGGAGCGGCAACGCAACAUGGACGAGUACAAAGACGACCACCGGCGCGGCUGGGGCAAUAGGUACAACAGGAGUUAAUGACAACGCCAUCUAGCGACAGAUGUGAUAAUUGUCCAGACGAAACAACGCCAUCUAGUUAACGGGACUUACAUAGUCCAAAUUUUUAACAAUGUUUAACGACAUCUAUUGGUGUUUUCGUGUAAUUAUUGAUUUGAUUUUCAAAUACUCCAUGAAACAGAAUUGACUAUUUUAGGUUUUCCUAUUGGUCGUAAUGUACUAAUGUAUGCGAAUUAAAAUGUUUC